CCAGCCUGCACACUUUCCAUUUCACACACCCCUCCCCCUGACAUCAGAGGAGGCAGAGGCGCUCCUUCGCCCCGGUCCAAACUCCACUUACAAAGCCUGACAUUCUAUCUGUCAGAGAGGAGACCUGCAUGGACAAAUACCGGGGACUAAUACCCACGUUUUCGUGCGUUUUACGGCGAUGAGGGAUUCCAGAGGCUUAACGCAACUCCAAUUACCAAAGAAGAGGCUAUUAAGCUCAAUUAUUUGUUAGAAAAAAAAAGAGUGGGGGAAAGGAGAAGGGGUGUGCAUGUUACUCGGUGGGCUUCAUUUCCUCGGUGCUGCAGAGCAGGAGCUGGAUGACAUGAUGCUGCAGAGUCCGCUCACCUCCACGCCGUUUUCUGUCAAGGAUAUCCUGAAGCUGGAGCAACAGCAGCGGCAGCAGAGGCAGUGCGGGUCCCUAGAGCUCCAGCUCCCGAUCCAUACCCAGCAGCAGUUAGCCGGCUCUCCUCCCCAGCAGCAGCAGCAUUUCCAAACCCCGCCGUCCUGCAUGCUCGCCGGAGCCCGGGACAGUCCUUCCUUCUCGGACGGAGAGGACAACCUGGCCUACCUCAGCGCGCUGGCGGUGCGGGAAGAGGACCGAGGGGAGACCAGCUUGUCCCCGGACAUGUACGUCCACCCCGGCCUGCAGGGAGCCAAGCUGGAGGCCGCCGAGCUGGACGAGCAGGAAAACAAGAGCUGUGGUUUGGUGUCCCGGGAGGAGGCAUCGGAGGGCGGGCAGGUCGACUCGGAACGGCCGAUGCAGAAGCAGAGGAGCCGGCGGAGACCCAGGGUGCUCUUCUCCCAGGCGCAGGUCUUCGAGUUGGAGCGGCGCUUCAAGCAGCAGCGCUACCUGUCCGCCCCGGAGCGGGAGCACCUGGCGACCACCCUCAAACUCACCUCGAACCAGGUGAAGAUCUGGUUCCAGAACCGCCGCUACAAGUGCAAGCGGCAGCGGCAGGACAAAUCUCUGGAGGCGGCGGGGCAGCACCACCCUCCCCCGCCCCGGCGCGUCGCCGUACCGGUGCUGGUCAGAGAUGGGAAGCCGUGUCUGGGCGGUGCGCAGAGCUACGCCGCGGCUGCUGCCCCGUACGGAUCCAACCCGUACAGUUAUAACGGAUACCCAGCGGCAUAUGCAUACAACGGCCCCGCUUACAACACCAACUACAGCUGCACGUACACAGGCAUCCCUGCCCUUCCUCCGUCCAACACCUCCAACGCCUUCAUGAACAUGAACUUGGGAAGUGUAAGCGGCCUCGGCGGCUCCCCACAGGCCCAAACACACCAAGGGACAGCGGUCACAUCCUGCCAGGGCUCCCUGCAGGGGAUCCGGGCCUGGUAGCCUCACCAGAACAGAUCUAGCGUCUCUUUUUAUACUUUCAUUUUCGUCAACCCACACGCUUUUAGAAGUGUGUUAACUUGUGAAAACGCCUCAGAAAACAGUAUUGCUUACAUAACGGAUCUGAGUUUGGAUUCUCCUGUCAGAUGACUUGAAAUUUCACUCAUAUUUCUGGCUAGUUCAAGUGUAUUUUAGCCGAAAUGAGUGCGAAAAAAAGGCUGGACGUCUCACAGAGGCAUCUGAACAGUCACACAGCUUGGGUGAAAUUGUAUUUUUUUGGUCCAAUAAUUGUCGGUGCUCUACUUUGGCACUGGUAGGACUGAAGCACAGGGGGGGGGUUACGCACACGCUUGCGCAUUUCUCCUUAUUUGAACUCAAAAAGAUGAUUUGUAUUUUAUAAACGUUUGUUUCCAACAUGGUAUAUUUUUUAGGCUAUAUGGAGAGAUUGAAUUGCUUUAAAGUGUUUUUUUGGUUCAACAGAGAUUUGUUUUAGUCUAUUUCACAUCUAUUCAAAUAAAUCAGAGAAAAUGAGAAAAGGUGCGUUUUGAUUCUGUAUCCGGGCAAAAAAAUAUUAUUUUCUUUUGGAUGUUAGCUUCACUGUGCGGUUAAAAAUAAUGGCAAGCACUUCGCCAUCACGUAACUGUAUUUCUCCCUGAAGAAUGAAAAGAAAGAAUCAUAUAAUAACAAAGAAUAAUCCAAUAAUGAUUGCUCCCACUGUGCCCAGAAGUGAGUCAGAUGCACGGAGGCAAAUUUGGCUCGUAAACAUUUUAAGGGGAGAGCUGCUGGAGGAGGCCAGGCCACAGGGACUCUUUGUCCCGAUGCCAGGCGACGUGAAAGGAGGACGUAAUUCUCCAUUUGAGGUCCUUAAAAAGGACGCGAUUAAGCACCUAAAAUACCCCCGAAGAGCGAGCUGUAGCCGGGCUAGGGAGCGGGAAUAAUGGCUCUUAUUGGAUUGUCGGACAAAAGGUGUGUGGUAGGCAGAGCCGGGUACUCAGCAAAGACAAAAGCGCACAGGGGCCGCGAGAUUGACGUCCUAAUAUUCCAAUUUGAGGGACAUUCUGCGAGGAAAAGGGGACACGGAGGAAAAAUGUGGUCACUUUUGUUCCCCUUCAGGAGGCUUUUUUUGUUCGCGGAGAAAAGCUCUCCGAGAUGCCCAGCCGCGAGGCUUCGGGGGCAGCCGGGCUGGAGGUUAUGGCAGCGGGGAGGCGUUUUUGUGAAAGAAGGGGGUAUUAUUGCUACAAGUUUCACCAUUUAUCCCGAUUUGGAAAAUGGACAGGAAGGAGGAGGGAGCGAGGUUCGUGUCCUGUAGGCUAUUAUUUCAGUUUAAGAGGUUUUAUUUCAGAUCAGACCGUUGUUAUUCUCACAGGUAACAGAAUAAUCCUGGGGGGGGGGAAGAAAAAGAAAAAUCCUAUCAUAAAUACGUAGACGUAAAUGUAAGAAAUAUUACAGACGAACUCGAAUAUUACAGAGAUUUCACGUGUCAAAAUGUCCUUAUACACACCACACAGGGAUAUUGAUUUAUGGAUUCAAUGUUUUCUGGUUACAAAAGGAUCUUCUUGGAAUGUUCAGUUAUUGAUUAAAUGAGUUAUAUAAUCAAAAAAAAACUAAUGAAAUUUAGUUUUUUGUUUGUUUGGUCAAAGCUUGGUUGAGUCCUGAAAUAAUUCAUUCAGAAAAUCAAUGGACAACAAUUUGACUUAUUUUUAAAACAAAAAUGGCAAACUUUAUUUCAUUCCAGCUUCUCAAAUGUAAGAAUGUGCUGAUGUUCUCUGUUUUAUGCAUGCCUUAUUGUAAACUGGACUGCGGGUCGCACAGAAGAAGGCAUUUAAAGACAUCACUUUGGGUUCUAGGAAGUUAAAAGUAUCCUUGACUAUUUUCAGACAUUUUCUAGACUAAAUCCUUUUUUGAUUAUUCGAAAAAAAAUGCAAGUUAUAAAUGAGGGCAAACUAGAGCCAAAACCCUAAUUUGGUUUAAAAAUGAGCGAUGUUUAAAAGGUUAACGUGCUUCUUUAUUUAAGGUAGUGCAGCCUAAUUGGGGCCCAUAAUGAGCCAUUACGCACAAAUAAGGGCUAAAUAAAUUACACGCAGGGGUCAAUUUCAGACCAAGCUCCUUUCAAACCUUUGUUUUUUCUCGUUAACGGGACAAAAACCUGCCAACUGAUAAUUCUUAA